CUUCUGGCAGCGGCGAAUGAAAUGGCGAGCGUCGGCGGAGGUGGCGGCGGCGCGGGCAAGAUGGCGGACAAGGAGAAGAAGAAGAAGGAGAGUAUUUUGGACCUCUCCAAGUACAUCGACAAAACGAUCCGAGUGAAAUUCCAAGGUGGGAGAGAAGCAAGUGGUGUCUUGAAAGGAUUUGACCCUCUUCUGAACCUUGUGCUAGAUGGUACCAUUGAAUAUAUGCGAGAUCCAGAUGAUCAAUACAAAUUAACAGAAGACACACGUCAGCUGGGACUUGUGGUCUGCAGAGGGACUUCUGUAGUUCUUAUUUGUCCACAGGAUGGAAUGGAAGCUAUUCCAAACCCUUUCAUUCAGCAGCAAGAUGGCUAAUGCUUUCUUUGGAUUGUCUCUGAAGACUUCAAGGGUGCAAAUCAUUGGAGAAAACUAUCAGUGUGUGAGAAGCUUCCUGUUUUGGGGGAGGAGUUUGAAUGUGUAUUUGUUAGUGUGAAAGAACAGUCAACUUUUAUUUUUGUGGCUUUCCAUAAAUGAUGAGAGGAUGGGGCAUGGUGUGUAAGAAGUAAGUUCUGAUUUUUUUUUUUCCCCUCCUGCAAAUAAGUGUGUAACUACAUUGUUUAGAGCUGACAGGAGAGAAUAUAUUGUCAUGUUAUUGUCUGAGACCCUCUUGAUCUUAUGAGUUUUCAAACAACCACAUAAAAUUAGUAAAGAAUGCCCUGAAUAUUGGUUAUAUUAUUUACAUUUUAAAAUACAUUAAAAAUGUACUUAAUCUAAAUUAAUCUAAAGCCUAAAUACAUUAGAACAUGUUUUUCUUCCUCUUAGAUAUGUGAGUACUCAGCUGGGAAGCAUUGUGUUGUAGUCUUCCCCGCUGUUGAGUUCAGUCUCUUUUGCCUGCUUGCUCCAGCGCAUGCAGGAAAACUACUUUCCUUGUAUAGUACCUUGUCAUCACCUUUACAAGCUGUGUUGCUAAGAUCUUUUCUAGCACUUAUUUCAGAUCUUGUGGGCUGUGAUCUGUGUAUCAGAAGGUUCACAUAUUUCUACCGAAGGACUGGACUAACUUCUAGGAUGAUUCUUGGCUCAGUGACAUGAACCUUACAGAAGUAUCUCUUUGAUAGUUGGAAUUUUAGGGGAAGAAUAUUUAAGAUCCUAAUGUUCAAUUGUAGGCAGUAUCUGGAAAUACUGCAUAUUUUUAUAUUGUAGCUAUCUACUUGUGGUUCUGCUUGUUAUAACUUGAUUUGUAAGUAAACAUUUUUAUUUCUUUUAUACUGCAGAAACAGCAAGAUUUGAGGAGUUUUGAGUGAAUAAAUACAAAUUAAUCUGUUCCUGAAUGUCUGGGUUUUUUUUAGUCUGGAAAAAGUGCUCUACAGCUGACAUUGCAGUUCUCCACAGCUGUAAAUCUAAAUGAAAUUUGUUCAGGAGGUAUGUAAACACAGCAAAAUUGGGAAGGACCAGAUCAGAAGCUGUGCUCCACUCUAAGACAGGAAAUCAAUGAGAAAUUAAGAGCAUCUGGUCCCUUUUUUGAGGACUUGUGCUUUUCUGUUAGGCAUUUUAAAGACUGUCUAGUAGAGGUUAUGUGCCUGUAAGCUGUAUGUAACCUGCUUCUGCCACCUGUUUUUUCCUGAGGACCCUUUAUGAGGAGGAUGUGGCAGAGUAAAUUGUUUUGGUGGCAGCAGCAGUCUUGUUCCUAGAGGUUGUCAAGAAAACAUGCCAAGGACAGGUUGUGUUGGCUGUUCAUCUUGGCAACAGCACCAUACUCCCAUUCAUAACCUUUCCUGCGUCAGCUCUGAAAUGGA